AUGGUUCUUUCGGCCAAGUUGGUUCUGGCAAGUCGCGACAGGUUCUGCUACUCAACCUACAACCUCUACAUUCUGGGCUUCCUCCCCCUCUCUUCCACCGACCUCCCUCUUCCACCGCCUCCCUCUUCCACUGACCUCCCUCUUCCACCGCCUCCCUCUCCCACUGACCUCCCUCUUCCACCGACCUCCCUCUUUCACCGACCUCCCUCUCCCACUGACCUCCCUCUUUCACCGACCUCCCUCUUCCACCGCCUCCCUCUUCCACUGACCUCCCUCUUCCAACGCCUCCCUCUCCCACUGACCUCCCUCUUCCACCGACCUCCCUCUUUCACCGACCUCCCUCUCCCACCGACCUCCCUCUUUCACCAACCUCCCUCUUCUACCGACAUCCCUCUUUCACCGACCUCCCUCUUUCACCGACCUCCCUCUUUCACCGACCUCCCUCUUUCACCGACCUCCCUCUUUCACCGACCUCCCUCUUCCGCCGACCUCCCUCUUCCACUGACCUCCCAUUUCCCUUCUUCAAUUCCCCCACAUUUCUCCUUCAUUUCCCUCUCCCUUCUCACAAUGCCCCUGUAG